AUGGACUCGAAUCCAAGUGUCGAGGAGCUUACUGAUUACACCUGGGUGGAGAGCGCCGUCGAGAUGAUAUCGCACAUUUUGAACGGCUACCUGACGGCGGCGUUUGUCAUUACCGGAGUCGUCCUGAACCUCUUCUCGAUUUUCAUCUUUCUCCGAUGCGAGCGCACCGGCACCCCAGCCAUCCAGUAUUAUCUGGUGACGCUAACAAUGUGGCAAACAGCCUUGCUGUGCAAUGCCUUCCUUCUGUAUUCCCUGCCAAAUUUGCUAUACGGGAAGCUGAUAUCCACGGGGAGCUACGUCCACAUUUAUCCUUACGUCUAUACGUUUGCGAAUACCACACAUACAGGGUCCGUCUGGAUAGUCCUCACGCUGACUAUCGAUAGAUAUUUGGCCCUGUGCCAACCACUGAAACAUCGAGCCAUCGGGAAGCGCAGCCGUGUCAAGCGGUUGAUGCUGGUCGUCUCGCUGCUGGCGUGCCUCUUCUCGCUGCCGCGCUUCUUCGAGGUGCAUGCUGUUGAGAUAUGCCAGGCAGUAAAGGCUCCAAACGGAACAACAACAAUGGGACCAACAACCGCAACAAUAACUGCUGACUUGAACGCGAGUCGCGACGACACUCAAUACAUUUGUUAUCCGGCUAUUGACCGGACGGCGCUUUUUGAUGACCGUCUCUACUGGUCCGUCUACCACAUCGUGCUGGCCAUGAUGUUCGUCACGCUGUGCCCCUGCUUGCUAUUGUGCGCCCUGACGGCGAGGAUCUCGAUCGAAUUGCGAAAUGCAGUGGCUCAGCGACGGCAGCUUUGCCCGCCAAAUUUGGAUAUCGACAGGCGAUGCAAGGCGAAAGCUACGGUAUAUAGCAGAAAGGAGCACAAAGCGAACAUCAUGCUCGUGCUGGUCAUCGCCAAGUUCCUGAUCUCCGACAUCUUGCCCACCGUUGCCGAUCUGCUGGAGCACAUCGUCGGCAAAGAGGAGUUCAUGUCGAGCUCGAUGGCCUCACUAUUCGUGGAUAUCAGCAACUUCCUGCUGGUGCUGAACUGCUCAUCCAACUUCUGGGUGUUCAUCAUCUGGGGCAAACGGUUCCGGAAAUCCGUCAAGAAUUUCCUCGUCUCGACGUCGUGCGGCGCCGCCCUCUACAAGAUGACGCACUUCGGCUCGGAGACGGUCGGUUUUACUGACGUGACCUCGGUGCUGAUCCCUACCGUAUCCCCACUCGGCGCCCCGUUCGACACCAAAAGGUCACAGCGCACCCAUUUGGCCGUGUCAUCCAAGUGCACCGAGAUCCGCACGUACGCCUCUACAGCGAAUACGGUCCGGAAUGGGAGCUCAAACUGCUGGGACUACGAGAAGAAUGCCAUGUUGCAGCAGUUGGAGCACCAGCGGUUGCUCAGUUCU